AUGGCCUCUAAGGAAGAUAUUGAGAACAUUAACAAGUCCAUUGAAACAAUUUCUAACAUUUUACAAGCACUCACUACUAGAGUCAACACUAUAGAGCAAAACAAAGUUACCGCGGCUGCAAUGGGCAAGAUCAAAGAGCAAAUGAGCAAGAUUUAUGAGGAUUUCACCUAUGUGGAACGGCCUCCCACUCCCUUAGAUAUGAAGGACAGACUGCCUGAGAAGUUCUCCACUGCUGAUAUCCCCAAGUUCAAGCCAACUGACAACCCAAUCAAAGAAGAAGUCGAUCACGUGGAUGGUGAAGACGUUGAAAAUGGCGAUGAUGAAGCUGACAGCGACAACGGUGGUGAUGAUAACCAAGAGGUUGGAGAUCAAGACAACCAGGAUGAUAACCAGGAGGAGCAAGGUGAAAAUAACCAGGGAGAUGAUGAGAAAGAAAACGAUGAUGAGGUCAACGACGACCUAGAGGAAGACGGUGAAGAUGAAGAUUAUGAGGAAACAUCUAAUGAAGAAGCCGAUACCUCUACUGACGAGGACUCAGACAAAGAGAAUGAGCGAAUGACGGUGGAUCCCUUCGACGCUGAAGGUUAUGAUGAUGAAGGAGAUUACUCCGAUGACAACUUGUAUGAUUCUGACCCUGAGGUGGACUCAAAUGACUACGGUACUGGCAGCAACAACAACACCAGCAACCAAUAUCAUUGCAGCCAUUACCGCAGGUCUCCAGAUCACUAA